GGACCUGCCUAGCUUUCAUGACUUUAUAGUUCAAAAGCAAAGCAAUGAAACUUUCUAUGUUUAUAAAGGCUUCAGGGGUCUUCAAUAUACCUACUGUUAUAUGUCUUUUGAGCUGUUGAUCUUUGUGCCACCACCACUAAAAUCCAGUAAACUAGGAAACUUCUUUCAUCACCAGGACAAUGGAGGACAACAUGAAAACCACCAUGAAGAUGGAAUUUGAGGACUUGCUGCCAGUUAUGGCAGAGAAGCUAGACGUCGAGGCCUUUGUGGCCGAAUUAUGCAAGGGAUUCAAGCUUCUAGCCGACCCAGAAAGGAGGUUGAUAACACCCGAGAGUCUAAGGAAAAAUUCAGGACUCCUGGGUAUGGAGGGGAUGAGCAAAGAGGACGCGGAGGGGAUGGUUAAAGAAGGCGAUCUUGAUGGCGAUGGGGUUCUUAAUGAGACUGAGUUUUGCAUUCUGAUGGUGAGGCUGAGCCCCGGUAUGAUGGAAGAUGCAGAGGCAUGGCUCGAGAAGGCGCUUGAUCAAGAGCUGAGGAAAUCUUCAGCUUGAUUGUGCAUUGAUCAGUAUUUGUAGCAGCAAAAAGACUAUUCUUCUGGUUUCUGUAACUUUCGCUAUGGGAGACAAUUAUCAAAUUUAUAUGGUCCGAUUGUUAAGAUUGAUGUAGGCUACAGCUUUUGUCAUCAACAUGAUCAGAUCGAUCGAAUAUGGAUGGGAAUUAGAAAAAUGGGGCUUAAAAUCUUGUGUUAUAAUAAUAUUUUUCUUGUCUGCUUAUGUAAUAUUAAUGUUUGGAUUAAAAUUGGCCAAGACUAGACUCUGCAUAAGACGUUGGAAGAAUAAAUUAGGACCAUAUUUUGGAGCUUUUAGACUACAUGCAUCUUGCUAAAUGCUAGCUAACAAGUACGAAGUAGCUAGGAACCAGAGUGAUUUGCUUUUAGCUCUCAUUUUCAAGACACAGCUCCAGAAGAACCGAUUAUUCAUUAAUGGUGCAGGUUGGGGAUUCCAAAAUCAGAAGUUAUGAUAAUCAUGCAACCGAGAUGAUUUUGCCAUCACCCAUCUAAUGUAAUGUUCCGUAGCUGCAGAUAUCCGAUGUGACAGUCGACUUGUGUUUUAGAACAUAUAAUCAUUUGUUAAGUGAAAAAGAGCUAGUUCCCCUCAA